AUGGGGACCGACGACAAAGCGUUCGAUGCCGGCGGCGUCUAUGCCGAGGGCGUGGAUGAAAAGAAUGGCAAUGCGGGCGAUCGCCUCGACAUGUACCGCAUGGGCAAGGCUCAAGAGAUGAGGAGGAACUUUCGCUUCCUGUCCAUCCUGGGCUUUUCCAUGAUUCUCAUGGCCUCGUGGGAGUUUAGCUUGAGUGUCGCUACCAUUGGUCUCAUCAACGGCGGUACUGCUGGUCUCAUCUGGAUGUUCUUUGUCUGCUGGAUGGGCUUCAUGGUGGUCAACACGUCCAUGGCCGAGAUGGCUUCCAUGGCACCCACCUCCGGCGGUCAGUACCACUGGGUGUCCGAGUUCGCGCCGCCGCAGCACCAGAAGCUCCUCAGCUACCUCAUCGGAUGGAUGUGCGUGCUCGGGUGGCAGACGUCGUGCGCAUCGUCGGCCUUCAUUGCCGGCACGCAGAUCCAGGGCCUUAUCGUGCUCAACUGGCCCGACUCGUACGCGCCGCAGCCCUGGCACGGCACGCUGCUCGCCAUCGCCGUCGCCGCCUUUUCGGUGCUCUUCAACACGCUGCUCGCGCGCAAGCUGCCCCUGAUUGAAGCCCUCGUCCUCAUCAUCCACGUCUUUGGCUUCUUCGGCAUCCUCGUCGCCCUGUGGGUGCUCUCGCCGCGCGCCGACGCCUCCGCCGUCUUCACCGAGUUCACCGACGGCGGCGGCUGGGGCAGCCUCGGCGGCUCGACGCUCGUCGGCAUCCUGGCGGGCGUGCUCCCGCUGCUCGGUGCCGACGCGGCGGUGCACAUGUCGGAGGAGCUGCGCGACGCGGGCCGCACGCUGCCGCGGUCCAUGAUGAUGACGACCGUCUUCAACGGCGCGUUCGGCUGGAUCAUGGUCAUCACGCUGUGCUUCUGCAUCGGCGACCUCGAGGCCGUGCUCGCCUCGCCGACGGGCUUCCCCUUCAUGGCCGUCUUCCUCAACGCCACGGGCUCCGCGCGCAGCGCCACCGCCAUGUCCGUCUUCGUCGUCGCCAUGACCGUCUUCGCCAACCUGACCAUGGUCGCCACCGCCUCGCGGCAGGUCUUCGCCUUUGCGCGUGACCGCGCCCUGCCCUUCAGCCCCUGGCUCGCCAGCGUGCCCGUCGGCUGGGACGUGCCCAUCAACGCCAUCCUCGUCACCUUUGUCGUCUCCAGCCUGCUGGCGCUCAUCAACAUCGGCUCCGCGGUCGCCCUCAACUCCAUCACCUCGCUCGCCACCACGUCCAUCCUCUCGAGCUACAUCGUCUCCAUCGGGUGCAUCGUCUGGCGGCGCGCGACGGGCAGCCCGCUGCUGCCCUCCAAGUUCAGCCUCGGCCGCUGGGGGCUCCCGAUCAACAUCGCGUCGGAGGCGUUCCUGGUGGUCAUCUUCGUGCUGGCCUUCAUGCCGCCGAACCCGAACCCGAAGGCGGCGGAGAUGAACUGGAACGUGGUCAUCUACGGCGGCGUCGCGCUCUUCUCCGUCGUGUACUACUUCUUCCGCGGGACGCACCAGUACGAGGGCCCGGUCGUGUACGUCCGGACCCUUCCUCCGGAGACGGUCGCGCCUUGA